AUGCACGCCCUCUACCCAGGAGUGAGCCACUACCUCAGCACCGAACCGUGUCCUCCAACACAACAACUACAGAUGCAGAGCACACAAACAGAAAGCCCGAGACGAAGACUGCCCGUCCAACCCCCGGCGUAUCAUCAUCAAGAUCCUGCACAUCCCCCCGUCCCAUCCCCCGCCAACGAAAAGGCAAAGCAAAAGCACCACGAAGCCUCGCCAUCCCCCGCACCGCGCCCAACCAAGGACGGGGAUAGCGAUAGCGACAGAGACCGCUGCCCCCGCCCCAGCGCCGCAGUACGCCCAUGCACCUGCCAGCGCCCGUUCACCCCGGCGGGAAUGGAGCGGACGUAUCCGCGCGCGCGCUCCAAAUCUGUACGCUUGGAUGAUCGGGAUGCGGAGGGGAAGCCGAUCGAGGGCGAGCCGGGGUGGGCGGAGGAGGAAUACGGGAGGGGCAGGGCGGAGUGGCUUAUGAGUCUGCAGGAGGGGAAGGGUGGAAGGAAGGAGGGGCAGGGGGAGAUGGCGCCGCUGCUGCUGCUUGGGACGAGGGAUGAGGAGGGGAGUGAGGAGGGCGAGACGACGCCGCUGCUUUCGAGAACGCGAACGCGAACGCGAUCUAGAGGUUCUGAUGUGCCGAGAAGUGUUGAUUGGGAGGGGGAUGGGAAAGCGGCGAGCGUUCUGGAGGGCGAAGAGCAGCGUGUUGAGGAGAGGGGAGGGGAGACGAAGCGCUCGUUGAGGCAGAGGGCGAGGACCUGCUGGGCGAAGGUGAAGGAGAGGUUUCGCGCUGAACCGAGGGUGGGGAGACGGUGUUGUGAUGAUCAGUAUUAUCACUGCCAGUAG